AUGAAACAAGAUGCAGAGUGUGCAAAACAAAAUCCUGAAGAAAUUACAAUGAUUGCAUUUGACUUGAUGCAAACGUUCCCCACACCAGUUAUCAGCACUGGAAAUUCUGACGAGAAACACCAGUUGUGGACUUACGUCUUAGGAGUGCAUAGUUUGGCUACUAAUAAUGCUCAUAUGUAUGUUUGGAACGAUACACAAGCAUCACGAGGACCUCAAGAAGUAGGAUCCUGUUUACUGCAUUAUUUUAAAAAUGUUGUUACAAAAAAAAUACUAUAUUCCGAUCAAUGCGGAGGGCAGAAACGUAACAUUAAAAUGGCUGUCCUUUGCGAUUUUAUUGUGUCACAUCCUGAUAUUGUAGUGGAAAAUAUUGAUCAUAAGUUUUUAGUCAGCGGACAUUCUUACCUUGUCUGUGACCAAGUUUUCGGAGUAAUAAGUAAGCAAAAAGUGUUUUUUAAAGAUAUCUAA